AUGCAGGGCGGCGACGGCGCCGCCGUGCGCCUCUCCCUCGGACAGUCCCUCGGCCGCGCGGCCGGCCUGCUGAUGAAGGGCCUCGACAGGGCGCAGCGCCAGGCGGGCGCCGUGCCGCCACCACCUGUCGGCGGCGGCGGCGGCGCGGGGACCAGCGGUGACGUCAUCGGGGCGGCUGGUGACGUCAGCAGGGCGGCCGAGGCGGCGGCUGUCGGGGAGGCGCUGGCCAGGGCCAGGGUCGACCUCGAGACG